CGCCUCUGCGUCCCGGAACGUGGAGUCCCAGCGCCCAGACGAGGGAGACUCGCCCGGCCACCGCCGCCAUCCUACAACCGGCGUCACCGCCCACUAACCCCGCCCCCCCGGCAGCUUCCGGCCACACCGUCCACUAACCCCCCGGCAGUUUCCGGCGACGCCGUAACUAACCCCGCCCCCCCGGCAGCUUCCGGCGUCGCCGCCAACUAACCCGCCCCCCCCCGCAGCUUCCGGCGUCCUUCAGUUUCUGUGCGCGGGCGCACAAGCAGCAGCCCGGCCCUGGGGCGUUGGGUGGGCGCGGUGGCCGGUUGCAGGGUUGCCAAUUCCUGGAGUUUUCAUCACAUGACAACCUUCAAUUACAGAUUAAUCUUUAGUUCCUGGGGACUCCAGGACAAUCAUGGUGGGUUGGCAACCCUAGACCCCGGCUAAGCGCGGACGGAGCCAGAUUUUGGGAGCCUGGUUGACAGUUAUGGAUAAAACUCCUACUUGGAGACCUGGAUCCUUGACAGGGAACUCUGAGCUGUUUUUUUCCUUUGGAGUCAUAGCAGAUAUUCAGUAUGCUGAUCUAGAGGAUGGUUAUAACUUCUGGGGGUCCCGGAGGAGAUACUACAGACACAGCCUUAACCUUCUGCAGAGCGCAAUUGAUGAGUGGAAUAAGGAAGACAGUCAACUUGAGUUUGUACUGCAGCUUGGGGAUAUUAUUGAUGGUUUUAAUGCCCAACAUAAAACAUCAGAAAGUGCUCUGAGAAGAGUUAUGAACAAGUUUAAAAAGCUUAGAAUCCCAAUUCAUCACACAUGGGGAAAUCAUGAAUUGUACAACUUUACUAGAGACUAUUUAACACAAUCUGAACUUAACAGCAAGUCUUUAGAAGACCAGAUCUUCCUUGGUUCUGCUGCCAAUGGCCAGGACUCUCCUGGAGCCACUGCUGAAGAACAUUACUAUGCUUAUCAUUUUAGCCCAGUCCCAAAAUUUCGGUUCAUUUUACUUGAUGCUUAUGAUUUAAGUAUCCUUGGGAGGGAUAAAUCCACCCAAAAAUAUCAGGAUUCUUUGAAGCUGCUGAAGGAGAAAAACCCAAAUGAGAAUCUGAAUAGUCCCACAGGACUUGCUGAACCACAGUUUGUAGAGUUCAAUGGAGGAUUUAGCAAAGCACAGCUGGAUUGGUUCAAUGAGGUUCUUACAUUCUCUGACACUAAUCAAGAGAAAGUCGUGGUUGUGAGUCACAUUCCGGUUCAUCCAGGUUCUACAGAGAGUGUUUGUCUUGCUUGGAAUUAUAAAGAUGCCCUUUCUGUCAUCCAUUCUCAUCAGUGUGUGGUGUGCUUUCUCGCAGGGCACCUCCAUGAUGGCGGUUAUUAUUUAGAUUCUCACGGAGUCCACCAUCUUACUUUGGAAGGGAUUGUUGAAACUCCGCCAGAGAGCCAUGCCUUUGGAACGAUACACGUCUAUGAUGAUAAACUGGUAUUAAAGGGAAGAGGUAGAAUUCCAGACAAAGUAAUGUAUUACACAGGAUAGUUGUAAAUACAAUUGUGCAUGAUCCAGACAGUGCUCCAGAAAUUAGUUAGUUUAAUAAAUAACAGCUGACCAUUGCA